AUGGCUGAGGCUACCCUUCACAACGUACCAAUUGUCAUUGACAAUGGAAGCGGGACUAUCCGAGCAGGCUUUGCAGGAGAGGAGAUUCCAUCAUGUUAUUUCCCCUCGUUCGUCGGCCGUCCCAAGCACCCGCGGGUCAUGGCCGGUGGUUUGGAAGGCGACUCUUUCAUCGGCACACGCGCACAGGACCUUCGCGGACUUUUGAAGAUUCGGUAUCCGCUAGAGCAUGGCAUUGUCACAAAUUGGGAAGAUAUGGAAUCGAUCUGGCAUUAUGUCUAUGAAAACGAGCUCAAGACUCUGCCCGAAGAGCACCCCGUCCUGCUCACCGAGCCUCCGCUGAACCCCCGUGCCAAUCGUGAUUUCGCUGCCCAGCUCAUGUUCGAGACCUUCAAUGUCCCUGCUCUCUAUAUGUCUAUUCAGGCCGUGUUGUCACUCUAUGCAUCGGGUCGUACUACUGGUGUAGUGCUGGAUUCUGGCGACGGCGUUUCCCACGCCGUGCCCGUCUACGAGGGUUUCGCCAUCCCCAACAGCAUUAGACGAAUCGAUGUUGCUGGUCGUGACGUGACGGAACAAAUGCAGCUGCUUUUGCGCAAGGCUGGGCACGUACUGCACACAAGCGCCGAGAAGGAGGUGGUACGCAUGAUUAAGGAGAAGGUCUGCUACGUGUCACUGGAUCCGAAGCGCGAGGAGAAGGAGUGGAUGAACAGCUACCACAAGUCAGACGCCAAGGCUGUCGAUUAUGCUCUUCCCGAUGGCCGCAAGAUCAAGAUUGGCCAAGAACGCUACCGCGCACCCGAGAUCCUCUUCGACCCAGAACUGAUCGGCCUCGAGUACCCUGGAGUGCAUCAGAUUGUCCAAGAGUCGAUCACUCGCACAGAUCUCGACUUGCGCAAGGCUUUAUACCACAACAUUGUGCUCUCUGGCGGCUCUACUCUGUGCAAGAACUUCCCGGAUCGUUUGAUGCGGGAAAUCAAGAAACUCGCAGUUGAGGAUAUGAAGAUUCGUAUCUCUGCACCUGCGGAACGCAAGUAUACCACGUGGAUUGGAGGAAGUAUUCUUGCUGGUCUGAGUACCUUCCGAAAGAUGUGGGUAAGCGCGGACGAGUGGCACGAGGACCCGGAAAUCAUUUUCAAGCGAUUUGCUUAG